GUUUGGCUUCCUCGCUGCCUUGCUUUGACUUCAUACAUGCUCCGCAACUCCGCAAGCCAGUGAAGCCACCUUGGUUCUCAGACACAUCCAAGGCCAAGACACAAUCUUAACAUCUGAACAUCACUUGUUCCUCUUCCAAACCAAGCCUUCAAUUGAAGCAGUAAGUUUCUGCAAGCAUCACAAAUUUUCCACAAUCUAGUCAUCAAUAAGGAAUCAGAAUUACCGACACAACUGAAACUUCAGCUGAAUCUCAGAAGCUGGAUUUGAUCUGUUUGUGGUUUUGAGCUAUCAAGAUGGGAGGGCAAUCUAGCAAGAUGAUUACUGCUGAUACCCCAACAGCCAUUAAAAUGGGUACUCAUUCUCUGUAUGCUGCUGAUUUGAGCUCCUACGAAGCUGCAUGUGUUAAAGAUCCAAACUUGCAAUCUUUUGAUGUGAGCAUUCAGGAACAUACCAACAGGGUGAUUAGUUCACUUGCUCAUGGGGUUGAGGUUAGAUCCUUAUCUUUUGACUCACUGAGAGAAGUGACUGAUAGUCUGCUUGAGAUGAACCAGGAAGUUGUCAAAGUCAUUUUGGACUGCAAGAAAGAUGUAUGGGGCAACAAGGAUUUGUUCUCUUUGGUGAGUGAUUAUUUUGAUAAUAGCCUCCAAACAUUGGAAUUCUGCAACUCCCUUGAGAAAUGCUUGAGGCGUGCUCGUGAGAACCAGAUGAUAGUCAAGUCAGUGAUUACCUACUUUGAGGAAGAGGUGCAAAAUGGGAUUGAAGGCGUGAGUUAUGUGAAGACAUUGCAAGAGCUUAAGAACUUUAAGGAUGCCGGGGACCCCUUUACAGAAGAGUUUUACUUGCUGUUUCAAUCAGUUUACACGCAGCAGGCAUCGAUGUUGCAGAAAUUGCAAAUCAGAAAGAGAAAGCUUGAUAAGAAAUUGAAAUCCCUCAAGACUUGGAAGAGAGUGUCUAAUGCCAUUUUUGUGGCUGCUUUUGUUGCUGUGUUAAUUUUCUCAGUGGUGGCAGCUUCUGUUGCUGCGCCUCCGGUUGUAACAGCUUUGGCUGCUGCAUUGGCUGUUCCAAUAGGAUCAGUAGGAAAAUGGUGCAACUCGCUCUUUAAGGGCUACCAGAAAGCUCUAAAGGGACAACGGGAGGUAAUCAGCUCAAUGCAGGUUGGUACUUACAUUUCAUUGAAGGACUUGGACAACAUUCGAGUGCUUACCAACAAAUUGGAAGUAGAGCUUGAAUCAUUGUUGCAGAAUGCUGAUUUUGCUCUUAGAAAUGAGGAUGUUAUAAAGUUUGCUAUUGAUGAGAUUAAGAAAAGAAUAGAAACCUUUUCAGAGACUAUGGAGACUUUGAGUGCUCAUGCUGAUAAAUGCAGUCGACAGAUAAGGAAAGCAAGGACUGUGGUUAUACAGAAUAUAAUUAAGAAACCUGAUUAAGAUCCCUUUGCAGUGUUUUAUAGAUUACUUUCUCUUGUUGGUAUCUCCUUUGCUUCAAUUAGGAAGUACUGUUUAAGCACCAAGAUUAUGACUUCAAUAUGAUGCCUUAUAAAGAGAAAUGAAGAUAGAACUUGUGCAGAACCUUUGUAUACCUUCUAUGUAUAGAUAUUUGAACUAUACAUGAUUACGACUAUGUUUGCUGCUUAGUUACUUCUGUUUACUCUAUUGCUAGAUGCAAUCGGACAACAUCUAUGAGUAAAUAAAGAUGAAAUCAUGACAAGCACACAGGGAAAAGUCUAGGACCAUUGAUAAUGAAGUGGUAGUGCAGCCUACCUUAAGGUUGGGACAAAUCUAACAUAGCAGCUUUAUGAUUAGGAGAUGGAUUUAAUAUCAAUUUCAAAGGUUGAGUAUGAGAUCCAAAGAAAAUGAAAAUUUUCCCCUUGAAUAGAAGUGUUCAUAUAUAGUAAUGUUCCUUUCAAAUUUGAAAAUUCUCAAGUUAAACUACACACAUAAUGUAAGGGUGUUUAGCUUUUAUUUGGUUUUCAGUUGUUUCUAUUUUGGCACGAGUAAUGAUACAUAUAUAUAAAUCCUUACAA